UAAAACGAAGUUGGCAUGUUGUCGGUGAAAUUGAAGCCGCCGCGACAUUGACCAGGCUAAAAAGGUCAACAAAGAUGAAAUGAAUAUUGUCGGCGACUGGGCAGAUAAGAAUGUUCUGCUGAGAACACACGUAAACACGGGAACAGCCGAAAGUGGCUCAAACUCAUGAACCGUGUUGAGAUGAACGUCACCUCAAACCAAACAUAAACAAACAAUAAACCUGUAUAAAAGGUAAACAUGAUAACUAAUACUGCAAUAAAACAACCUCAGCUGUUCUGAAGUCUGUUAGGAAUGUGUAUUGUACACGCAGCAUUUGUUUAUUAUAAACCAGAACCAGAAGAGGAAGAAGCUUCACCACCAUCAAUCCAUCUCAUCUGAUGGUUUACCUGCACCUCCUGGAUCAGUUGAGAAGCACAGUUUUGGUGUUCGCGGUGAAACAGUUGGCUUCUCCGUGAGCCCUCCUGGCAGUGGCUUGAGGGGAGACCACUUGGUGUGAGACAGCUUGCCAUCCGCCACAUGUGCCAAGUCUCACGGUGCCCUGCUGAAUCUAAGGGGGAGCCAGCGAUGACUGCUGACGUCUGCCUGGUCCCUGUGGAGCUCUGAUCUAGAGGCUGUGCAGAGAAAACACACGUGCAGGAUAAGAUUUAGACUACACACUAAAUGCCAAGGCUAUGGGGCUUUGGGGAUUAGAUUCCACCUCCACAAUGGAGAGACGCCUGCCAUUGGAUAGGCACAAGCAUUUUCUGAACUGAGGUGGGCGUUUGGUCUGGCAGGAGGGUAUAAGUAUGAUGCCCAAUGGAGACUGAACACAGAAGACAGCAGGAAUCCUCAACAGGUGAUGAUGCGUGGAGUCACCAGGGUGAUGCUGUUGCCACUGCUGGUGUGGGCAGUGUCAGAAUGCAAGACUUGCUGUCACCUUACAGACAUCACCAUCAUUGUGGAGAGCGAGGAGUGCAAUAGUUGCAUUACCAUCAACACCACGGCCUGUGCAGGCCUCUGUCAGACCCAGGAGAGGGCCUACCGCAGCCCCAUGGUGCCGUACUUCCAGAAUACCUGUAACUACAGGGAGUGGACCUAUGAGACCAUCCAGCUGCCGAGCUGCCCGCCGGGGGUUGAUUCAUCGUACACUUACCCCGUGGCUCUGAGCUGUGAAUGCAGCCAGUGUAACUCAGACAUCACAGACUGUGGAGCUUUCAGCAUGCAGCCAAGCAGCUGCCACACCCAUGCCCACUACUAACCCCACAAAACGACUUAACCCCAAGUCUUUAAACGAAUCAGGACUUUAUACCUUAGAGCAAUUACUUUUCAGUAUGUAACUUGUAAUUUGGACAAUUGUUUGUACCAACAGGUAACUAGUGCCCUAUUGUUAGUAUCCAUGCUCUAUGAUGAAUACAUUGACUGAAUAAUGCUAUUUUUAUCAGUUUAUCUACAAAUAAUGUACUGCAGCUUUAAAAAGGGAGAUUUUGCUUUAAUCCUUUUAGCUGCAAACUUGAAUAAAAUUCUAAAAACAUUCUGCAUGUCAGUUCGUCCACAACGUGCCUGUUUGUCAGAGCAGACACGAUGCACUGUCGUCUAGCAUCACCUACUCUUGUAAGCACUGUUUUAUUAAAGCGGCUCAUA